AUGGAUUCAAGGGCCUCUUCUUCAGUGUCCAUGACUAUUUUCCUUGCAGCAAUCGUUCUUGCUCUUUUUCAUUCAUCAGAAGCAGCUCUGUCCAAGGGAUCUUUUGAGGACAAUUUCAGCAUUAUGUGGUCUGAGGAACAUUUUACUACCUCUAAAGAUGGACAGAUCUGGUAUCUCUCCCUAGACAAAGACACAGGAUGUGGGUUUCAAACAAAACAACGCUACAGAUUUGGGUGGUUCAGUAUGAAGCUGAAGUUGGUAGCAGGUGACUCUGCUGGCGUUGUGACAGCAUAUUAUAUGUGCUCCGAAAAUGGUGCAGGGCCAGAGAGAGAUGAACUUGAUUUUGAGUUUCUGGGAAACAGAACUGGGGAGCCUUAUUUGAUUCAAACAAACGUGUACAAGAAUGGAACUGGUGGGCGUGAGAUGAGGCAUAUGCUAUGGUUUGAUCCAACUGAGGACUACCACACCUACUCCAUCCUCUGGAACAACCAUCAAAUAGUGUUUUUUGUGGAUAUAGUUCCUGUGAGGGUGUUCAAGAACAAUGGGGAAGGAAACAAUUUCUUCCCCAAUGAGAAGCCCAUGUACUUGUUCUCGAGCAUAUGGAAUGCAGAUGACUGGGCCACAAGAGGUGGGCUUGAGAAGACAAACUGGAAAUUAGCCCCAUUUGUGUCAUCCUACAAGGACUUCAGUGUGGAUGGUUGCCAAUGGGAAGACCCAUACCCUGCUUGUGUCUCAACCACAACCAAAAAUUGGUGGGAUCAGUAUGAUGCUUGGCACCUCUCUGGUGAUCAGAAAAUGGAUUAUGCUUGGGUUCAGAGGAACCUUGUGAUCUAUGACUACUGCAAGGAUUCUGAACGCUAUCCAACUCAACCAGAGGAGUGUUCAUUGAGUCCAUGGGAUUAG